GUUCAUUUGUGACUCAAAUUCAAAUAACGUUAUUUUUUUUCGAAGUACUGACAACUUCACUUUCAUAUCUUUCGAUAAUCAAUACAAAUUUUAUCGGUUUUUAUCUAAAAAUACUAAAAACUCGAACAAAAAAACGAAACUUGUGUUUGUCAAUUAAAUUUCAUACACUUCCAAAAGUUGUAAAUUCCCAAAAAAUGGAGGAAACUAAUGAAGGAAAUGAACAUUGUAUAAAAUCAUGGGAAACAUAUAAAAUUUUAAACAAAAUGAAAGAAAGUGUCCAACAAAAAAGGAGGAUCGCGAAGGAUGUAGCUGCUCAGCAAAGUGUGGACACACAUGGCAAUCAAAUAACAAUUGAAAAGCGAUUAAAUGCGACCAAAGAACAGUUGAAUGAUUUGCUAUGUGACGGCAAAGAGUUGAUCACAAAUAUUAAAACCGCAAAUGAGCGACGUGAAGCAAGUCGUCGUUUACAGGAAGAUCAACAGCGAGCCCAUUUAUUGGCCGAUUUACAGCAAGAAUCGGAGGAAUCUACAAAAAAGCUGAAUGCAAUUAAUAGCCGAUGGUCGGAACUAGCUGAAAUAUCUGAUCCAAUGGAUCUAAAUGAACGUUUGCGAUAUCAAAAUCAACUUAUUGCACAAUUAAUGCAACAAAAGGAUAGAAUAAUCAUUGAACUGCAGGAAAUACUAAAUAAUGGCAGUAGAAUAUACAACACCGAUCAGUUGAAACAACAAGGAGAUAUUCAAUCCCUGAUUGAGCGUAUUGAUGAGCAAAUCGAUGUAAUGAAAUUGGAUUAUUUGGAACAUCUUGAACUGUUACACCAUAGCAUCGACAGUGAACGUCGUACCUUUAAAUUAUACCACAGCAAUAAAUGGCAGAUGCUUUUCGUCGAAAGAACCUCCGACGGAGAACAAUAUCUGUGCGAUUUACUUGAUCGAAAGGAAAAAUUUUACGAUGAAAUAACAGCUACCCGGCUAAACUAUGAAGAAAUCAAUCGAGAAAUGCGAAUUCAGUUGGAUAAAGACAAUAACUUAGUGCAACAGAAGUUACAACGUGCUAAAGCCGAAAGUGAAUUGAAUAUGGAGCAAUUGAACUAUAACUAUUAUGUGUUGCAAAAACGAGCCGCUGAGAACAUUAACGUUCGGAACAAGCAAAAAAAUCGCUUAAUCAAAAUGCGAACAUGCAUAUCGAUGCUACGAAAAAAGAUAAAUACAGCCAGGAUGACACAGACAAUCGACAUUGAAAGACAAACACACUAUGUUCUUAAUUUAUAUGCAAAUAUUAAAGAAUUGGAACAUAAAAUGAGUACAUUUAGCGAAAGUGGUUAUCAAAAGUUUCAGCAUAUUUGGCAAUUAUAUGAGAGCAACGCUGACUCAAAGCUAAACGACAUCAUGCAGAUUGAUAGAAUCCUACAUGAAAAGCAUUUGGGAUUUCGGUGGAAACAGUUUAUAUGCAAAAAGUCAUCAAAACAAAAUCAAUUGCAGCCAAUUCAAUCAGUCGUGGAAGCCAAGAAAUCUUCAUGCAUCGAUGAUUUUCAUUCAAUUAAAAAGAAACUGGAUGACGUUUCUACACGAUUUAAUUUUUCGGAAUUAUUUUUCACGAUCGGUGAGCAAAUUUCUAGUCAAACAAAUUGGAUGCUUGGCGAUAAAUUGACUAAAUUUCUUGACUUGAUCGAGGAUCAUAAGCAAAAACGAAUAAUUACCAUCGAUAACAUUUUAACGGCACUUGGCGUAACAAAUUUGGAGAGUGCACAUUUAUUGAAAAACUACUUCCUUCCAUACGCUUCGUGUAUUACGUGCUCAAGAAAGUUUAAUGAAAUAACAACAAUAGGAGAAGAAACUAGCGAUCAAUGCGCUGAACAUGAGAUAACAAAUUUUUUUGUGGAUCAACAUAUGAUACCAAUAAUCAUGCAACAGUUCCUUAUUGAUCUGGAUGGUAGAGCUCCAUCGAAAAUGAUUGUGAAACAUCUAUCGCAUGAUGAAGACUCCAAUGCGCUUUAUUCAAUUGAUGCUAAUGAAAUUGAACUGUUUUGGAAAGACUAUAUGCGCACGAUUCCAAAUGAAUUGGAAUUAAUUUGGGAUACAAUUGUGAACGGACUGCUUCGUUACUUGCAGAUUUUGAAGAGAAGAAGGAAGCAAAUGUACGAAUGCAAUUUUUUGCGACAGCAAAAUACUGAAAUAUCGUAUUUAUUGCAGCAAUACUCUAAUACUAACAGAUGUGCAAUUAUUUCCGAUUCAGUAAUGAGUUGACAAAAAUAUUGAGUAUAAUAAUAAUUUUCUAUUAUUAUGUUGUUUGGUUUUCAUUAGAAAUAGUAAAUAAAAAAUACAUUGAGAAUCCAAUUGACGAAUUCAAAUACACAGAAGAAAAA